AUGGUUAGCAUAGGCAGGCGGAACGAGCUGCGACCGAUGGCGGUGGGGUUGGCACUGAUCGUCUUCAUCGGAGUGACCGUUUCGGGCCAGGAGCACGGUGCCGAUGUGAAAGUGGAAAAAUCAGCAUCAGUCGAUUCUUCAGCCCUGCUCGAGGCAGCACUCUGCGCGGUCAAGUCAAACCCGGGCCAAUGUGUACGGCAACAGGCGGCCCGUGUGCUCAGCAACUGGGAAGACAUUCUAAACGCGAAGAAGAUGGAAAUGCUCGCCGAGGCCGACAAGGAGGUAACAGCACGACAACAAAGCCGAGGUCUCAGUGAUGCUGAGAUUGCACGCGGUAAACCCUCCACUCUGAUGCAGCAGAUCGAAACCGGUCUCACUGCACUAUCGGAGUUCGUCUCGGAAGGUGUCGAUGAAUACGUCUCCGACAAGGAACAGGGCAAGGAGGAGGAAGCCUCAUCGAAGACGCAUCUGCAUCAUCUGCUGAAGCUAGGUAACGCAGCUGGUAACGCCGGCCCGACCCAGGACGGUUCUCCCGUCGGUCGCGCGGUCGCCGACGACGAGGACUACCGCGAUCAGCUCGCUGCUGUGGAGGAUGGUUUGGUGGAUUAUGCUGGCUUGGCGGGCAGCCCGGAUAAAGCACUUGGUAGAGGCAAGCAAGAGGGUGACCAACUGGAUUAUGGGUUUGGUAGUGGCGAACCUAGUGCUGGUCAUGGAGGUGGGUCUCGUAGUGCCAUUGACGGCGAUAGGACGGCUACAGGCUACAGUGCGGUGCAACACCAACAGCAGAAACAGCAGCAGGAGCAGCAACAGCCACAUCACCCACAGUCGCUAUCGUCGAGCGACGGGCGGGACGGGGCGAUGGCCGAAGGGCGCCGUAUAGUGGCGCCGUCGAAAGCCGUCCCUUCCACAGCUGCCGUUCGCUUCGAUGAUGACGACGACGUCGGUGGACUGCGCAGACGACGCAAGCGCAAGGGCAAGAAGAAGAAGACCUUCAUGAAGCUGUUCAUUCUGGGAGCUGCUCUAAAAGCUAAGAUAGAGCUGUUGCUGAAGAUCUUGUCCUUUAAGUUACAGCUGAAAUUCUUCGCCGUUGCACUGAUCGGUCUGCUGAUCAACAUCGCUCGGUUCUGGAUCGACUUCAAGAAGCAACCUUCUCCGCAAAAGGUGAUCUACUACGAGCAUGCGCAGCAUCAACAUCACUACGAUGAUCACGGCGACGGUGACUUCGGUGGUUACUGGAAGCGAUCAUUGCACGGUGUCCAUGACGACGAGCCCACAUAUCAGGGUGGCCAUGAUCGUGCGGAACGCUACGAUGAACCCUACCUCUACCGUAACCCGAAGUACAACCCGUCCGGCAACCAUUACGCGCCACAGCUUGCCGAUCCGCACGCAAUGGCAUACCAGCAGCAGCGGCCAUACUGA